UCUAGUCUGACAUAUGCAUCAUUAUGAAGGACUUUUGCAUCAUAAGAACUAGUGGUAGGCCAAAAAUACUGUGGAUUAAGGUGGUGAAGAAACAUAUGUUGUCGCAUAUCUGAUGGAGUGAUGAUUUUUUUUAUAGAUUUCAUUGACUUAUUUAGGACUAAGCUUGUUGCAUUAGACACUAUAGAUGUCACUGGCCAGCUGUGGUAUAAGAUUGAAGCUUAUGAUAUGAGGAAGGUCUGGGCCGGAUUAGCAAUGUGCAUUAUGAAUCACAGCCUGGAUGCUGACUUCAGGCAGAGUCUUUAAGAUUUUUGUGCCUGAAUAGCCAUGGCAUCUCCUCAGCCACAGAAAUUCAUAUGAAUGUCAAAUGUAUCAACCAAAGGGUGUUCCUAGGUUAAGUUUAGCCUGCAGCGACACAUUAGUUCAUGGUCAGCAUAUAGAUUGUGGCCCCAGCCAGAUGGACUCCAUGAAUGGAGGGAACAGUAUCAACAACCCUAGUCUUGCCUCCAAGCAACGACUGCGUUGGACACAUGAACUUCAUGAUCGCUUUGUUGAUGCUGUUGCACAACUUGGUGGGCCAGAUCGGGCCACACCCAAAGGUGUUCUCAGAGUUAUGGGUGUUCAAGGUUUAACAAUAUACCAUGUCAAAAGCCAUUUACAGAAAUAUCGACUUGCAAAAUACCUUCCUGACUCAUCAUCUGAUGGGAAUAAAGCUGACAAGAAAGAGACGGGGUAUAUGCUUUCCAAUUUGGAUGGUUCACCUGGAACGCAAAUUACAGAGGCACUUAAGCUGCAGAUGGAGGUGCAAAAGCGACUACAUGAGCAACUGGAGGUGCAAAGACAGCUGCAACUAAGGAUAGAAGCCCAGGGUGAGUACUUGAAGAAGAUAAUUGAAGAGCAGCAACGAAUAAGUGGAGUUCUUUCAGAUGUUCCUGAUACCGGUACUGGAGUGUCAGCCCCAGUAUCAGGUGACAAUGGCCCAGAAUCUGACAAGAAGACAGACCCGGCAACCCCUGCUCCAACUUCAGAGUCCCCACUCCAGGACAAGGCUUCCAAGGAAUGUGCCCCAUCCAAGAGCCUUUCCGUUGACGAGUCUUUCUCGUCUCAGCAUGAGCCAUUGACCCCCGAUUCUGGCUGCAAUGGUGGCUCCCCAGCUGACAGCUCUAAAGGAGAGAGAUCAAUGAAGAAGCAACGGGUGGACAUGGGAACAGCAUAUUCUAAAGCAGAGAUGGUGCUAACACAUCCGAUAUUGGAGUCGAGCUUGAGCUCCUCACAUCAGCAACAACACUCUUUUCCUGAAUAGUGAGCAGUUUGAUCCAUUAUCUGGUAGAUCAACCACGAAGGAAGAUCAACUAGAGGUUUCAGGAAGUGACCUGUAAUUUUAUGUGCUAAAUAGUCAUGUACUUAUAGAAGUACUUCACUUUCAUGUAUUUCUGGGAAGAAAAUAUUUCUAAUUAGGUCAAACAACCUUAUUAGGUGUAUCAAAGAUAUUAGAUUCAAGAUAGUCGUCCUUCCGUUCUGAUUUUCUUUAAACUUGCACAAAAUGCUUGUUCUUUAUCUUAAAACAAUAGACUAUUGUGAAUUGCAACACGAAAUUCAGUUCAAACA